UUCUUGGGGUGGGAUAGACAUGGGCUGUGGGGGGUCUGUGGGUGGCUUUUGACAAUUCUUUUGGAUUCCUCACGUUUGGUCCAAGGUGGAUGUUGAGUACUAUUUUUAUUGAAUAUUAUCUGAAACCGAGCAAUUAAAUUGGCCAAUUUGGGUGCAAUCAAUUAGCUUAACUUGUCUGAGAUAAAAAUAGCAUUUCAACAGAAUGCAAAUCUUACCUGUUUCUAACGACAGAAACCAUUUCAUAACAAUCUGAGAUGGUGACUGUUGAAAAGACAAGGAACGACUCGGGUAACUUAUACAAUAGAUACUACCAAGAAUUGUCCACCCCCAAAACAAUAUAAUAAUAUAUGCCAUUGAGCAGACACUUUUUCCCCAAGGGCCUGAGUCACAUGUGCAUGGGUGGAACCAGCAGGCCAAACAGACAACAAUACAAUGGUUUAUACAUUGCUUGAACUUCUCCUUAACAGGUGCAAUCACAUUCCCAGCAGGUAAGUAUGGUCUGACCAGGGUUUUAAGUCUAUAAUGGGGUUGCUGUGUUGACUCAGGUUAUUCUUGAUCUCUUCCACCUCUUCCUCUAAAUAGCUGAUUGGAUUAGUGCUGUUGUGUAAAGGAUUAGCUGCCUUACUAGCCAAUGUGGAUGGGACAUGCCCUCAUAUACCGCUCCUGUUGCUGUUUAUAACAUAUGCUGCCAGAUGUUCCAUCUGACCAUUUAUUGAUCCUGUGUGGUUCCUUAGUAAAGAACUGGGGAAGUGUCGUGACAGCUAGCGGACCUUGCUCUGACUCCACACAGAUACCUGUAGUCGUCAUCGAUAGUCAAAGCAUUGAAAUCGAGUCCAGGUGGUGGGAUUGUACCCUUGUCCACUACGACCUUCUUAAACAAAUCUAAGUACUUUGUUUUCGUUGGCUCCAGUCGCUGGUAGAAGUCUCUGAAAGGCUGUUUUCUCUGAUGCUGAGUCGGUGUCGUGUUUGAUUUAAACAACACGUCUCUAGAACUAAGAGAUCAAGUCUCUGGGAGAGAGAAAGAGAAGAACAUGGGAGUCGCUAACUCCAGGGAUCACCAUCUGUACCACCCCUCACAGUCUCCCAUCAAGGUGGUGCUGAAAAGACGCAACGAGCCACUGAAGAAGGAGCGUCUUAAAUGGAAGAAUGAGCACCCUAUGACGGAGGGCCAGCUGAGGUGUAAGAGGGCUGAGUUUUGGGACACGGCCCCAGCCUUUGACGGCAGGAAGGAGAUUUGGGAUGCGCUCCGAGCAGCAGCGGUGGCCGUAGAACUUAACGACCUGGAAAUGGCUCAGGCCAUAGUGGACGGAGCCUGCAUCACACUACCACAUGGUACUCUGACAGAGAGUUAUGAUGAACUGGGGAACCGCUACCAGCUUCCUGCUUACACUCUAACCCCUCCCGCCAAUCUCAUCACUGAACGCACCAAUGACAGCGAAGCUCCCGAAAAAAAGGAGCCGAAAAAGCCUCCCGCCUUUCUCAAAGAGGAGUUCCAGCUACGAGUACGACUCUCGUGCGGUAAGGACCUCCGUAUAAGCGCCUCCAUGUCAGACACCAUCUCCCAGCUGAAGACAGUCCUGGAGGGGCAGGAGGACAUCGAAGUGGCCCACCAACGCUGGUUCUUUGCAGGUAAACUGCUCACAGACAAGAUCCGACUCCAGGACACCAAGAUACAGAAGGACUUUGUGGUCCAGGUCAUCGUCAACAACUACUUACCAGUUACCAAACUCAUGCCAAACUGAGGAGAAAUGGAGAAAGAUGGAUGGGAGAGCAGGAGGAAAGGAUUGAGAUGAAAGGGGGACAGAGAGAGGGGUGGCGAAAGACUGGGAUGGAGUGCAGGCAGAAAAGGAUGGGGGAAUGUUGGUCAAGGCCUUAUUUCUCUCCUUGGGAAGUUCAAGCACACCGGGGUCAUGUUCAUUAGUGCACACCGUAGGAAAACGUAACAAAACAUUUUGCAACAUUUCUCAUUGGUCAUGUUCAGAUGGCCCGAAAUGUGGAAAGACUUUUCUUCCAUUUCGUGCCUAGUGAAUAGGACACUGGACUGUUGGUUGCUGCAACAGAAUGUUGUAAUUAGUUUGUUUGCUUUUGUAUUUCUUAUCCUCUUUUUGUAUUUUCCUAAUGAGCCCACAUUGUUACUGAGUAAAAAUACACAAAUUCUGCAUAGCCUGGCAAAGCACUGACAAACUGUAGAAUGAACGGGAAGAGAAUCAUGGCAUAUGGAGAAGAGAUAUUUCUCCCAUGAGUCUGUCUGUCUGUCUACAAAUCAUUCCUUGUGAGUUUGUCCUUGUGGAACUUUGAACUGUGGAAAGUGUCCUGCCUGAUGGUACAAAUAUUCUAUUGGAUCUCUAUCUAUACUGAAAGCCAAUCGAUUUGUACCCUAUCGAUUGUCUAAUGUUUACCUAAUGGGAGAGAAGAAUAUUGACAGAUUUAUGAACGAAAGUGUAUGUACUGUUUCAAUACUUGUUGGAUCAUCAUAUACAAAUAUUUGAAAUUUUACGUGACAAGGUUCAUGAAAAGUCAACGAUUUGAGUAAAAAGUGAAUAUACAGGUUUAUAAAGGUGAAAAAAGCAGAUUUGAUUUCCAUCUACUGUAUUUUUCGAACCAUUUAUGGAGAAAAUGCUGGA